AAGGCGGCAAAGGCAAAGGGAAAGCAAAGGGACAGCAAAAUGCGGCGGCGUACCAGUAUCCUUAUGGCUACUAUCCCUACUCGCAGGAACAGGUUCAGAACGCCUGGGCGAUGCAUCUCCAGUACUAUCAACAGGCUCUACAGGCGCAGGCCUACUACAGCGGCUUUACCGGUGGUGUCAUCCCAAGCGAGGCCGCCAUUUCUGCUGCGGCUUCCUCCAAGAAGGAAAGCGCGGCAGCUGCAGCUGUAGCACCCGCAUCUGACAAGGAGUACACAGGUCAAGUGAAGUCGAUCAGCAACAAAAACGGCUACGGCUUCAUCACUUGCAGUGAGACGAAGGCCGCCUAUGGCCGCGACGUCUUUGUGGACGCAGCCUUGCUACCGGACAUCGAGGUGAAAUCCAAGGCGUCAAAAAACC